AUGAAAAGGUCCAGGAUCCUCAUCAAACAGGAGAGGAGAAAACAGAAGGAAUAUUUUGAAAAGAAAAGACUCAAAUCAAAAAUGAAAUUGCUGGGAGUCUUGUCCCCUGUCAAAAAUUCUGCGGUCAGUUUGGACCUACUUAACCUGUACAUGGUAAAUCAGAUAUCUCGCCAGAGGAAGAUGCCUGAAACUGUGAGAAAACCAAUUCAUGUGAAUAUGAAUAAGGACAUAAAAAUGCCCGUCAGAAAGCAGGAUUUAGAACUUCCAAUGUCACCUCCCCGUAGACCAUCUAAACUGUGCAUUGAUGAUCUAGAAACCAAAAGAGGAAAGCCUCGGCUGCUUAGUAAUGUUAAUUAUUCUAAUUCCUUGGCUUCCAAAUUAUAUGACAGUAGAGAUGUCCUCAGUUCAUCUUACAAGACUGUGCAAUCUGGAACAUCAUUUGAAAGUUUAAACAGUCCAGGAAACAGGGAUCUCUUUGGGAGACCUGAGGUUACCAGUGAAGGUGGUGGAAGCUUGAAGGAGCGAAGACAGUCAGACCUUCUUACUGACAAGAAUCUUGCACAGAGCUUCUGGGCAGAGAAUGCAAAAGAUGCUCCAAAUUUUCUUGAAUAUAUGAACCAGCCAACUCCAAGUCUCCUGUCAAAAAAUUGUGACUCUUUCAUUAGUCCAAAUCUGAUCAAUUUAUUAAAUGUAGACCAACAAACAGUCAAGACAACCUUUGACUGCAUGAGGGGUGUUCAUGCAGCAGUUAGUUGUGGUAAUAGCCGUUCCACUGACAGUUGCAUUAGUCGGAUUUUUACUGGGCCAGAGUUGACUUUUAGUACUUCUACUCCUAAGGAAAAAAUUUAUCCAGAAAAGUGUUGGUCAAACAGGACCUAUCAGAGAGAGUACAGCAAUAAUAAAGUGAAUCAGGGGAAUAAUCCUUUGGAAGAAGUGCAUCCUAAGCUUCCAUGGGACUUUGGACUUGGCGAGACUCCGAUGGGAGGAGGAUGCUCACGCUAUAUGAAAGAUCCUGGUUCUCCGGAGAGCAGUCAGUCUGCCAGUUACUCUCCAAGGCAGACAGACAGCGACUUCAGUUCUAGUUCAGAGAUGCUAUCUGAAGAUGAAGGUUCAGUAUCGCAGCAAAUGGAACCGCCUGAGAGAUCCAUCAACACCAAGGAGACGCCCAAUAAUGUUUAUCUGGAACGGGAGACUAGACUUCCAGGGGAGAAGGAAACCCGAGGCAGCCCUGGAAUUCAACAAAAUGAUCAUUUCCACCAGUUAUCAGUGAAAAAUAAUCCCACCCAUUUUUCACAGUCUCAGAGUAACUCAGUGCAGGUACUGCAGAAGGACAGCAUGAGGAAGCUCCCUCCACAGGGGGCAAGGUGCGACGCGGGGACACAGACAGAGGGCUGGCCUGGGGAGGCUGCAAAGGUGGACGUGGCCGUGCAGUGCGGGGGACUGGUGUCUCUGGGUCUCUGUGAUGCAGGGGUGCAGACUGAAGGCUGGCGUGGGGGCCCCGCAAAGGCGGACGUGGCCGUGCAGAGCGGGGGGCUGUCUCGGGACACUGAGAAGUGGGCAGGCAUGUCAGGGUACCCUGGAGGGCAGGGUGUCCCCAGGGACUGCCAGGACUCGGAAAUCCCAGCCUGA